UAUUUCCGGGUUUAUGCUGACGCGUCCCUCUUCUCCUCGUACACCGACGUGUCAGUCUCCUUGUUUCCCGAGCUGAGCAGCAGUCAGGCCGGUCACUCAGUCCGCAGACAUGGCACCCAAAGGAAGCAACAAGCAGCAGUCGGAGGAGGACCUGCUCCUCCAGGACUUCAGCAGGAACCUCUCCGCCAAGUCCACAGCUCUGUUCUACGGCAACGCGCUCAUCGUCUCUGCCAUCCCCAUCUGGCUCUUCUGGAGGAUCUGGCACAUGGAUCUGGUCCAGUCUGCAGUUCUAUACGGCGUCAUGACUCUGGUCAGCACCUACCUGGUGGCCUUUGCCUACAAGAACGUCAAGUUUGUCCUCAAGCACAAAGUUGCCCAGAAACGUGAGGACGCUGUUUCCAAGGAGGUGACCAGGAAGCUGUCUGAGGCCGACAACCGCAAGAUGUCCCGCAAGGAGAAAGAUGAGAGGAUCCUGUGGAAGAAGAACGAGGUCGCCGACUACGAGGCCACCACCUUCUCCAUCUUCUACAACAACACUCUGUUCCUGGUGCUCGUCAUCGUCGCCUCCUUCUUCUUGCUCAGGAACUUCAACCCCACCGUUAACUACAUUCUGUCCAUCAGUGCCUCCUCUGGACUCAUCGCUCUGCUCUCGACCGGCUCCAAGUAAA